UCUAUACAUAUAUGCAUAUAAUAAUCUAUUUGUGUGUGUGAAGUUGACGUAUUUUGAUAUAUUUCUUCAACAUUUAAUUAAUUUAAUAUGUGAUUUUUAUUAAGUGAUUUAAAUAAAUUAAUAUAUAUUCACACGGUUACGGAAAUGUCCAAUUUAAAAGAUCCAGAACAGGGUGGCACAGACGGAGCCGAGAGUUUGCGGCCUCUGCUUUUCACCAUACCCGAAAAUGGACGUCCGCCCUCCAGACAGAUCAAUCUACCUCUUUUCAAUUUGGGGUCUUUCCGGAAUCCACACCCCUCAACAGUCACCAUGUCGGAUUGGACUCCAUCAGAACCAUCCACCGUAAGCAACACGCCAGUCGCAGAAUCCGUGGAGAACAUACCCAAGAAAUGGAGAAGGAGUGAUCGUCGCCAGAGGAGAUUAAAUACGGAACUGUUGGAAGCCAUUGAAGGGCAUGAUGUGGAAGAAGUUGAGAGACUCCUCAAUUCCGGUGCCAAUCCAAACGCGACCUGCCGCUUGGACCUGGUUUCGGCGUGUCACUUUGCCGCCAUUAUUGGUGGAGACUCUCUGUCUCUGAUCACCAAAUUUGGGGCUGAGAAGUUACGACUGGACAAACUAGGCCGAACGCCAUUACAUUUGGCCGCGUGGGCCGGUAACGCCAGACAAAUGGCCGUACUUCUGGACUUUCCUGAAGAUAUGCACGAUAGGCUAGAGGACUCCACAAUGUUCUCAAAAGUCGAGGACGAUGUAAAAAAACUAUGUGAGAAGACCAAAACGAUGGCAAAUGUAAGGGUCGUCAUCGAAGAAGACAAGGCGCCGUUGCCAAACCACUGGAAGGACAACAUUGACCACAAUUGCAAAGACAUAAAGGGCAGUCUUCCCCUCAUCCAAGCCGGAUGGACACCAUUACACGUAGCGUCUUCAUGCGCCCGCCGCCACUGUACCCGUCUACUGCUGGCAGCUGGGGCCGACCCCAACAUCUGUGAUGACCAAGGCCGCACAGCGCUCGAUGUCGUCGGCACAGCGUACUAUUACGAACAGGACGUCAACCCCGCUUAUUUCAUUGAAGUUAUCAAGACGCUAAUAAAAGCUGGUGGUGUCUUCAACACAAUGAAGAGCAGAGGCCUGAAAAACGUCGACACUCCCCUGCACACGGCCGUUCAUCUUGAAAGUUUCGACGGCGUGAACGAGCUGCUGAAAGCUGGCGCCUCUAUAGCAUGUUUGAAUACCGCUGGAAAGACCCCACUGCAUGUUUGCGUGGAAAAACAGUACGAAGAAAUCUUACAGGUUUUAGCAAACUAUGGCAACAAUGACGCUGAUCCUUUAUCAGCUAUAGUUGAUGUGAAAGACAAAGAAGGUCAUACAGUACUACAAGCUGCAGUCGAAGCAGCCUGGGUGCCUGGAGUAUGCGUCGCUUUGGAAGCAGGUGCUGAUGUUACAUUGAAGGCUAAUGAUGGAGAAACACCCAUCCAUUCAGCAGCUGCACUUGGCAAUUUAGAUGUCCUUAAUGAAAUUCUAAGUGUUGCUAAACAAAAAGAUUCAAUCGAUUAUCAAAAUGAGAAAGGUGAAACGGCAUUAUUUAAAGCUGUAACCCAUGGACAUGUAGAUUGUUUAAAAGCUAUAUUAAAUGAAGGUGCGUCAUUGGAAAUAACUAUAGAGGGAGAUGCAAAUAUAUUACAUGUUGCUGCCGAAAUUGGCAAUGUUGAAGUGCUAAAAGUAUUACUUGAAUAUGACGAUGCUAUAACUGAAAAGUUAAUAAACGCUUUGACCGAUGGAGGCCGACGCGGAUUUGGUCCGAUACAUUUUGCGGUAUCAGAAAACCAUGUGGAAUGUGUUAAACUUUUGCUAUCAAAGAAAGCUGACAUACGAUUGAGAACUAGAUGCAGUCCACAUAGAUCAUCAACUCCUUUGCACAUAGCUGCCGUGAAAAAUUUCGUAGAAAUAGCAAAAGUCAUUUUGGACUUCGAUAAGACCACAAUUUAUGAAGUGAACAGCAUGGGUUGGUUUCCGUUACAUUCUGCAAGUCAUCAUGGAAGCAGAGAUGUGAUUAGUAUUCUUUUGCGCGAAGGCGCCGAUCUUUCAGGCUACACUGAUGGCCCGAAGAAGUUUAAGAGAACUGCAAUAGACAUGAUUAUUAAUAACCUGUCAAAACCCACAGAGUAUUUGGAAGACAUAUUCGAUUCGUACAUAUCAUCGAAUAAUUUAAAUCUCCAAGAUGCAAAUUGCGAGAUCACUGUCGAUUAUAGAAUUCUAAUGCCCACAGUGUGUGAAAUGGAACAAAUGAAAGUUAUAGAGGCUUUAUUAAAAACUGGGAAUAGAUAUAACCAAAAAAGGUUACUUGUUCAUCCAUUAAUUGAAAGUUUUCUGUAUUUAAAAUGGAAGGCUUUACUGCCAUUCUUCUACACAAUAAUAGCAGUGUAUGCCUUUUUUGUUAUGUCUCUAACCACUUUUAUAAUAUCACUCUUUUUUUAUAAAGACACUGAAGGUAGGGCUCCAUUUUGGUUGAGUCCAUAUAUAUGGGGCUAUCUAGUUUACGCGACGAUAAUUCUAAUAGUUUUACAAGAGUUACUGUAUAUGAACAUAAAAACAAGCAGAUACUUCCUACAACUGGAGACAUGGGUCAAAUUUGGCUCAAUCGGGCUAGCCACAAUAUUACCUCUCGCUGUAUUCGUAGCCUCUUGGUCAGAAGCAGAAUGGCCUAGACACGUAGCAACUUUGGCGUUACUGUUAUCUUGGUUAGAAAUGAUGUUUCUAUUAUCAAGGUUUCCAAAUUGGGGAUAUUAUGUGCUGAUGUUUGGGAAAGUUGCUUCCAAUGUGGUCAAGAUCCUGUGCACGUUUAUGUUUCUCGUCAUCGGAUUUUCCCUGAGUUUCAUGAUACAGUUUCAUUCCCAAAUGCCAUUCGAAGGUCCACUGGCUGCCCUUGUCAAGACCAUGGUCAUGAUGACAUCGGAAUUUGAUUACGAAGCGAUGUUCGAUGAAGAACACACAGACCAACUUGAAACGUCUCUAACAAUAGUUAGAUUGAUAUUCCUUAUUUUUUUAAUAUUAGCCGCGAUCGUGCUUAUGAAUUUAAUGGUCGGUGUUGCUGUAAAUGACAUUAAUGAUUUAGAGGUGCUGGGUAAUAUAAGGAGAUUAGCUAAACAAGUAGAAUUUCUGAGUACCCUAGAUACGUUAGUGUACAACAAAGUUUUCGAGAAUCUUCUGCCACGAAAAAUUAAUGCUCAUAUAAAAAAUAAACGGAAUGUCAGAGGCAUUAUCACUAUGAAUCCGGGGAAGCCAAAAUGGAGGCACUACAAAGUGUUGCCGUCAAGAAUAAGAGACGCCAUAUUUGAGAAGGCUCAAAGACAAAAGAAACAAAUGGACGACGAACAAGGAUUCCAAGAGUUUAAGGAGAAAAUUGACGUAAUAUAUAACUAUGUUGUGAAUCAAACGAAUAAACAAUUAGAAACUGAGGUAGCCAAAAAACAAAAUGCACCAGACAAAAAUACAUUGAGACACGAGGAAAUAAUGAGACAUUUAAAUGAACUAGACGAUGAUAUGUCUGAUAUGAAACACCAAAUAACAACCAAUGCGGACAGUUCUAAGACACCGAUCGAUAUGUUAAAUGUAAAAAUGGAUCAGAUGUCAUUAGAAAUAGAGGAAAUUAAACAGUUUUUGAGCAGAUUAGAGAGUAAGAUUGGACAAUUAUAAAUGAUAAAUCCUUUUUGUUUGUAUGAAAUUAAACAAUUCCAUUAGAA